UUCACCUAGAGGAGCCGCCUCAUAGCUCGGGCUCCGGAUGCGGGGGCUGGGGUGGGAGCAGAACAGCUACUCCCCAGGGCGGGCCCAAGGGGUUGCUCCCAAAACUGCGGGACUGGCAGGCCAAGGAGCUGGGGAGGGAACCAGGGGCCGGCCUUGGAGUGAGAGAACAGCGGAAGCGGCGAGUUUUCCUAUAUGCAAAAAAAGGAAAAAUUCAGGAUUGCACUUUGGGAAAAAAUGUCAGAAGAGUCAGACAAAGAUGACCAGCUCACAGACCCGACAACCAGUGAUGAAGAUGAGUUGGAUAAUACCUUUAUGAAAUUUGUAAAUGAAGAUCUUCAUCACCGUGCACUGUUUACAGAUACUACUUGUGACCAGUCUUUACCUCGGACUACACAGAUUUUGUUGGAAUAUCAGCUAGGGAGAUGGGUCCCACGUCUUCGUGAGCCCCGAGACUUAUAUGGUGUUUCUUCCUCUGGUCCUCUGAGUCAAACACGAUGGCCAUGCCACUGUGAAGUAGUUGAAGAGAAAAUCCUGCACAUCGAUUACGCUCCUUCCUACCCUGAGCCAUUGUAUGUCUCAACAGGUGAUGAAUUGGAACCCCAUUGUCUAGACUCUACCCAAGGCACUGUGGUUUAUGUUGGUAAUGAUGCUUACAAAGGCCGCUGUUUCUUGUAUUCUCGAAUAGGAGGUAUCAGAUCUCUUCAGAAGCACUCAGAAAUUCUACCUGUGGAGGAUUAUGACAACACUUUGAUAUUUGAAGCCAGGUUUGAAAGUGGUAAUCUGCAAAAAGUGGUCAAAGUUACUGAUCAUGAAUAUCAGUUGACUGUGCGCCCUGACCUCUUCACAAGUAGACACACCCAGUGGUAUUAUUUCCAAGUGACCAACACUCAAGCGGGGAUACCCUAUCGUUUCACAAUUGUCAACUUCACGAAGCCAUAUAGUCUGUACAAUAAAGGCAUGCGCCCACUCUUCUAUUCUGAAAAAGAGGCCAAGAUGAACAAUAUCGGCUGGCGGCGAACCGGAGACCAAAUCAAGUACUACAGGAACAACAUCGGGCAGGAGGGGCGCCCGUCCUUCUCCCUCACGUGGACUUUCCAGUUUCCUCAUGACAAAGACAGGUGUUACUUUGCUCACUGCUACCCGUACACGUACGCCAACCUGCAGGACUACCUCUCCCGCAUCGCCAAUGACCCCAAGCGGUCGCAGUACUGCAAGAUCCGUGUGCUGUGCCACACGCUGGCUAGGAACAUGGUGUACGUUUUAACCAUCACCACCCCUCUGAAGAGCACCGAAUUAAGAAAGCGGAAGGUGGUGAUUUUGACAGCGAGAGUACACCCGGGAGAAACGAACAGUUCUUGGAUCAUGAAAGGCUUCCUGGAUUACAUUUUAGGAGAUUCAAGUGAUGCCCAGCUGCUGCGGGAUACUUUUAUCUUCAAAGUGAUACCUAUGCUGAACCCAGAUGGCGUGAUUGUGGGAAAUUACCGAUGCUCUUUGGCUGGACAGGAUCUAAACCGCUGCUACACGUCUAUCCAAAAGGACUCCUAUCCCUCUGUUUGGUACACCAGGAAUAUGAUUCGUAGAUUAAUGGAAGAUCGGGAGAUUCUCCUAUAUUGUGACCUCCAUGGUCACAGUAGGAGAGGGAAUAUCUUCAUGUAUGGCUGUCAGAAUAAUUAUGAACAUAAAGAGUUGUGCUUAGAGCAACGAGUAUUUCCAUUUAUGCUGAGCAAGAAUUGUCCAAACAAAUUUUCCUUUUCAGCUUGUAAGUUUGUUGUUCGGAAGAGCAAAGAAGGAACAGGAAGAGUAGUUAUGUGGAAAAUGGGAAUCCAUAACAGCUUUACCAUGGAGGCUACAUUCUGUGGCUCAACUCUUGGUAAUAGACGAGGUACUCACUUCAACACAAAAGACUUGGAGUCUAUGGGAUAUCAUUUUUGUGAUUCUCUUUUAGACUAUUGUGAUCCAGACCAAACAAAGUAUUUUCAGUGCAUGAAAGAAUUGGAAGAAUUGCAGAUGCAGCAUUCAGGCAUAACAAGCCCAGAAAAAAUGCAUUAUGUUUUAGAUGCUUCAUUCAUAGAUGCUGCAUUGGAUCUAGACUCUAGUAGUGAUGAAUCUGACAUUUCAGAGACCAGUGAAACUUUUCUCAAAGGAACUUCCCAGAAUAAAGUAGGAGAAUCAGAAGUUAUUCCUCCAAACCAGGAAUCAGAAAGGAAACAUGCAAAAAACAACAGAAUGAAAAUUUUGGAUCUCACUGGGAAGCAAAUGUCUAUAUUUUCUCCAUUUGGAGAAGGACCAUUUUUCAAGAAACUACAAAAUCAAAAGGUUGCUAGCAGGGGAGAUGCACCACAGAGACCUAAGGAAAUAACCUCCAAAGCAAAAGGUAAAAAAAAAUUUACUAGGGGGAGAAUGAACAGGCAUAUCAAGCCUCUCUUCACAAGACUGCCACAUAUCCACAAUGCUUUGGGACAACAGAGACUCAUUCACUGGGGAAAGGGGCCUGAACAUCAUAUUCCAGAAAGCCAUUCAUUCAUGGUCAUACAACAUGAGUCAGGAGAUUUUGCAAAGAGAGCUGAGGAGGAAAAAGAAAGGCAAAUGAGGAAUGAGAGGGAAAAUCUGUGGAUCCCGGAGUUUCCCCCAGUGCCACCUCAUUCCACUACCAGCUGAGGUUUUUCCCCUCCUCCUCUUCAAUCCCUGCCUGGACUCUGGACAGCCAAUCUAGUAAAACUUCACCCCUUCCCUGCUGGUAAAGUUCAAACUGGGAAUCACCUGAGAAGUCUGAGGCUUCCUGUUGCAAGGAAGAAGGUUCCAGCUAGGAUCAGAAACACCAGAAAAAGAGAUAUACUUAGAAGAAAUGGUGAUGGGGAGCUGGACUUAAUGUUCUAUUCACCAAGUUAUUGUUCUGAGGGGAUACAGCAAAACAUUUCAUAAUACUCUUCAUUUCCCAAGUUUUCACUCUACUCUAAGUCAGUAACCUGUAGUACCUUAAUGGAGACUAGUUCUCCAUGAUAGAUAAGUUUGGAGAGAUGGUUUGCUUUGGAAAAUAAUUGUUGAAAGUGUUGACUAUUUCUACAAUUUUAAGUAAA